AUGUCUGACGAUAAGCUCACUACUGGCGCAAGGUUGGCGCUUGAGUUCUUCGGAGCUGAACCUUUACAAAAGAUCGGGGCAGACGCCCGAGAUGAUCUUCCCAAUUCGAUUGGAAGGGAAUACAUUGCUGAAGUAUGCUUCUCCAGCUACGACCGGCCAGGGCUUGAGUUCCGAGAGCGAUUAAUGAUCAACAUUGCGAUGCUUGUCGCUUUGAACCGAGCUCCAGAACUCCGCCUUCACAUUUGGGCAGGGCUCAAGAACGGGCUGACUGAGGAACAAAUUUGCGAGAUCAUUAGGCACACGAUGAUCUAUUGUGGCGUGCCUGCCGGAAGAGAUGCUCUUCGUAUUGCCAGCGAUAUUUUCCAUGAACGAAAGCAGGCUGCCGAGAAGUCGUCAGGAAAAGAGCGGUUGUAA